UCUGUAAUAAAGAACCCAGCCUACCAGGAGAGGGGGAAGGGAGGAGUUGAACUCUGAGGAGCUGGAACCCAAGAACCAUGUCUACGCGGGAAACCUUUAACCCAGAAACUUAUGAAUUGGACAAGAGCUUCCAGCUAACCAGAUUCACAGAACUGAAGGGCACAGGCUGCAAAGUGCCCCCCAAGAUGUCCUACAGAAGUAGCUGGAAUCUUUACAAGAAAACCACUUCCAAGAAGAUGAACAGUUUCUGGGAGCUGUCAUGCCAAGACUUGGCAUUGGAAUGGAUACGUGUGUCAUUCCUUUGAGACAUGGUGGGCUCUCCUUGGUUCAGACCACGGAUUACAUUUAUCCUAUCAUAGAUGACCCUUACAUGAUGGGCAGAAUAGCAUGUGCCAAUGUCCUCAGUGACUUCUAUGCCAUGGGGGUCACGGAAUGUGACAAUAUGCUGAUGUUCCUCGGGGUCAGUAAUAAAAUGACCGGCAGGGAAAGGGAUAAAGUGAUCCCCCUAAUUAUACAGGCCUUUAAAUAUGCAGCAGAGGAAGCAGGAACGUCGGUAACAGGUGGCCAAAUGGUAUUAAACCCCUGGAUCAUUUUGGGAGGAGUCGCUACAACUGUCUGCCAGCCCAAUGAAUUUAUGAUGCCAGAUAAUGCAGUGCCAGGAGACGUGUUGGCGUUAAUGAAACCCCUGGGGACACAAGUUGCUGUCGCAGUGCAUCAGUGGCUGCACAUUCCUGAAAAAUGGGAUAAAAUUAAAUUAGUGGUCACCCAAGAAGAUGUGGAGCUGGCUUACCAGGAAGCGAUGAUGAAUAUGGCCAGGCUCAUCGGAACAGCUGCAGGACUCAUGCACACAUUCAACGCCCAUGCUGCUGCCGACAUCACUGGCUUCAGGAUUUUGGGCCACGCACAGAACCUAGCCAAGCAGCAGAGGAACGAGGUGUCAUUUGUGAUUCACAACCUUCCUGUGCUGGCUAAGAUGGCUGCUGUGAGCAAAGCCUGUGGAAACAUGUUUGACCUCAUGCAUGGGACCUGCCUGGAGACAUCAGGAAGCCUUCUAAUCUGUUUACUACGUGAGCAAGCAGCUCGGUUCUGUGCAGAGAUAAAGUCCCCCAAAUAUGGUGAAGGUCACCAAACAUGGAUUAUUGGGAUUGUAGAGAAGGGCAACUGUACCGCCAGAAUCAUAGACAAACCCAGGAUCAUUGAAGUCGCACCACCUGUGGCCACUCAGAAUGUGAGCCCCACGCCCGGUGCCACCUCUUAAUCUAGGCAGAGGUAGCUGUUUGUUUUUGUUUUUAAAUAGAUUUAUUUCCUUUAUCAUCACUUCAAUUAAAGACUAUAAACAACAACAAAGAUCUCAUUGUGUCUACACAGCUGGUGACCGUAGGUCGAGACGUGAGUGGAUACAAUUAAUAAAACCCAUGGCCUUUUUUUCCUGUUCCAUUGACUGAAGAUGCACCUAAUCUCGAGGCAGCUUCUGAGUUGAGAAUUAUAUUGUUAUCCAAUACUGUUGAUUCAUUUUGAAUCUUUAGACACUUAUCUCUUGCCGCAUAGGCUCUUUUUAAAGGUGCUUUCAUGUAGCACAGACACUACCAG